AUGUGUGUGUACCAGGUGGCGUUCUUCUGCAUGGACACGGCGUGCGUGCUGAUCUUCACCUUCGAGUACCUGCUGCGCCUCUUUGCCGCGCCGAGCCGCUGCCGCUUCAUGCGCUCGGUGAUGUCGGUGAUCGACGUGGUCGCCAUCAUGCCGUACUACAUCGGCCUGGUCAUGCCCGAGAACGAGGACGUGAGCGGCGCCUUCGUCACGCUCCGGGUGUUCCGGGUCUUCCGGAUAUUCAAGUUCUCACGCCACUCACAGGGCCUGAGGAUUCUGGGAUACACCCUGAAGAGCUGUGCCUCUGAGCUGGGCUUCCUCCUCUUCUCCCUCACCAUGGCCAUCAUCAUCUUCGCCACCGUCAUGUUCUACGCCGAGAAGGGCACCAAGGGCUCGGACUUCACCUCCAUCCCCGCCUCCUUCUGGUACACCAUCGUCACCAUGACAACGCUCGGAGUCCGGACCUGGAUCCAGGAGGAGGGUCCAAGGUUCAAGGAUCUACCCGAGUCACGAACAGAUGAAAGUUCGGACGAGGAGUGA